CUCCGCGCAGCUAUGGCCUCAGCAGGGACCGAGAGGCGACCAGGAGCCCAAGAGGGGACGGCGGAAGGGCCUGCACAGCUCUCGGAGGCACCCCGUGACCACGUCCAGAGCUCUGAGUGUCCAGUAAUGGGAAACCAGGGCCUGGUGUCAGCCCAUGAGGCCUGUGGGACCCAGGGUGAAGACAGGCGUCCAACAGGACCAGUCUCAGAGCCGGAGCUCCAGGAGGAACGACUCAAGCUGGAGGAAGAGCGGCUCAAGCCAGAGGUGGAGGCACUGGCGGAGAGAGGCCCCAGGCCUAUGGCCUCUGUUGUGAGGUCCAGUCAUGGUCCCAAGAGGAAGCCAGUCAACCUCCCCGGGCCUAGUCACCAAGCCCAUCCUAGGGCUGAAGCUGAGCUGCCCCAGGGACUGCCGCUGCAGAGAGAGGACCUGGAAGGUAGCCAGAGCGAGCCUUCGCCAUCUACCAAACAGCACAAAAAAGCCAAGAAACGCAAGAGUCUGGGCGCCCCAGUACUCCCAGCUGUGGCCAGCACAGCGUCUGCACCCUCAGAGACCUUGGGGCUAGAGCGAAAGGCCCAACGCUUACGGCCCCUGUACCAGUACAUCAACUAUUGCAACCCUGAGCUGAACGAGGCAGGGGAAGCGGAGAGGGAGGCUGAGGCCGAGGUGGAACCUGAGUCGGACCCAACCCUGGUCCCCAAGGAGGCAUGUGUGGAACAACUGCCAGCCUUGCUGCCAGUGGCAGGUGAGCUGGGCUCAGGCCGCACUUUGCCCUGCCCCAGUAUGUUCGUGCCUCCCACCCAUGCUCUGGUUCCCCUUGGAGAGGAGGCUGGAGAGGAGCCUGGGGGUUUGCCCAGCUUGGGAGUCAGUGGCCUCCUCAAGACCGAGAUGGAUAAGUCAACUCAGGUGGACAUCAGCAAGAUGCUAAGUGUCUGCGCUGCCCCACUUGUACCCCCACUGUCUCCUCAGUACAAGUGACUGUCCCAUCCCAGGGGUUGCUCCUCUGUUCCCAAGCCAGGACCAGAGCACAGCCUGUGGGCUUCAGCCUUCAGGUGAAAGGGGGAAUUCUGCCCUGCCCCAACUUGGGACCUUGAACUUGCUGAAAAUAAAUGUUUUUCCUUUUUC